AUGCCUCUUACUUUUCGGGGCUACUCCGUGCAUGUACAGUCUGAGGGAAAGGAGCUGCCUCAAUUUCAGGUCGAAGAAGUCGAUGAGCGGACCAUAACGUGCUGGAUGCCGAGCGAGGCGGGGAAAACUUUCGCGGUUCGCUGUUCUACCGUUCAUCCACAUGACCACGUAUACAAGUGUGUGUACCUGGACGCCGACGGGCGCGAACUCUCCUCAGUGGCCGAUGAAGACAACAAUGCGCGUACCAUUUCCCAUAGAAGGAUAUCCAAUAGUAGCAAGCAGGAAUUCUUUUUUUCCGAAGUAACGCUCAAUCCAGAUGAUGGUGACCAUGACACAGUCACCCGUUCAUUGAAGGAUCUGGCGGUUAUAGAGGCUGAAAUAUGGCCUGCCGAGAGAAUAAAGCGCGAUGUCCCCUUGGUUGUCGUAGGUGCAGGCAGGGUCCCGGAUGGUGAUGUGAGCUUGUCUGAGAGAUCUAAGCUCAUUGGUGCGAACCAUGUCAAGUAUGGUCCUGAACUAUAUUGCGCGCCGCAGUUAUCUCAUCAUGUCUACAAGAUCCAAGGGCACGAGCCAUAUGCUAUCUUCCGUUUCAAACAUCGACCACCUGCUGUUCUACAGGCAAUGGGUAUUAUGCCAAGGGAUCAGGAGUCGAUUGCGCCAGUUGUUGCCUCAUCGUCCGAACUCAUCGCUCGCGAACAGUCUGGUAGUCCCAGUGAUACAGUAGGGAGAGCACGGAAGCGGAAGCGCGUGAAAGAGGAGGUACUGGACGUUCAGCAUACUGCCAACAAUGGCUUGGAAGCAAAGCGUCGCAGAAUCAAGGCCAAGAUAGCUGCCGAAAGGGCGGAAGCUGCUACCCAUGAAGCGAAGGCAUUAGCUUUAGAAGCUGAUCUGGAGGAGCUUGAGGCUACUGCACCGGCGGGAAGGGUGCGAGUAAAGUCGGAACAUGCGCCUUCGCCCAUCCGCUCCCUUCAGUCGGGCGAGGUAGUCGAUCUCACAGACGACUGA